GUACGUGACUAGAGAACACGUUCUUCGAGCCUUUUCAUCCUGCCCAAUAACCACGCGUCAUGCCGCAGACAGCCACUCGCCUCAUCGGCUAGCCAAUCAAACUGGGCUUAGUAGUCAGUGGUGAUGGCGCCCUUUCGCUGGUUGUCUACCAGCAGCAUGUACCAUUUGCGCGCAAAUGUUGCUAUCUCAGGGGUAGGUAGUUAGGGGUGGCCUUGUAAACACUCCACAGCUGCAGAUAUAAAGCACUCAGCCAAGCGAUUCCAACCAGUACAUGUGCAGAUAUAGCUUGGAAGUUUCGUUAAGCUCGACGCUCUGCGGUUGUUUGCACCGCCGCUUCACGCUCUAGUGACUUUGUUUUGAUGUGAGCAAAUCAUCAGACGAACCCCUUACCAAAAUAAUGAAUGCUACUGCUGAACUUGGAAAGUACGUAAAUUCACUAAUGUUUCAGCUGUGCUCGGCGCGAUCUUUUUGAAACCUGGUUCCGAUUGAUCGGUGCGAGAUACGGAUGAUUAUCUCAGUGUAAAACUGUCCACUACUACAGCGGUAAUCUUUCAGAGUUCACGCCAUAUCUUGACUGAAAAAGCGACGACACUUCAUCACGUUCCGUUCUGGUUUUUCUUCAGCUAACAUUUCUCAGUCGAUUCUCUACAGUGAUGGAUUUCAUUACAACAGAACCACCGAACUCCACAAACAUGGAUGAUGACGUAUGUGCCAUGAACCUUGACAGUAUAAAUCAAAGCUUGGUGGAAGAAUUCUGCAACCGUCGCGACUACUUGGCGUUAGUUACGCCUCUAAACAUUUUCAUGUACUGGGUUGUCUUAGCUGGGGUUGUGGGCAAUAUGGCUUUGUUAAUUGUCAUUCUUAAAAACCGACCAUUGAGAACCACGCCCAAUAUGUUAGUUAUAAGUGUCACGGUUGGAGACUUGAUGUACCUUAUGGUGGUCGUACCAACAAGACUCGAACACCAAGUCGCUUUCUGUUUCCCUAACAGCAUUGCUUUGUGCAAGUUGUCCAGCGCCUGGCAGGUGCUAGCACAAGGGGUGUGUAUUUACUCUAUCGUGGCCGUCUCCUGUGAGCGUUAUGGGGCCAUCACCCAGCACAUGGGCCGUAGCUUGUUUCGUGGCUCGGCGAAGAAAACUGGCUGUCUAAUCGGCGUAGUCUGGUUACUCGCCUUCGUCCUAGCCGUCCCGGUAUACACGACGGCCACAUUGUACCAUGGGAUGUUAUGCAUCUACCUGCCCCACUUCGAGCCAGUUGCCAAGUGCUACGUUACCGUACAGUUGCUUUGCCAUUACAUCAUACCCUUAGUAAUUGUGACAGUGCUCUAUUCGCGAAUGGCCCACACUCUGAUCCGCAGUGCAGAUAGCUUCCGAGGUGAAAACCAACCAGGGGCUAAACAAUUUCGAGCUAGAAGACGACUGGCCAUCAUUGUGCUUAUCAUUGCCAUCUUCUUCGGAGUAUUCUGGAUGCCGUACUACGUAUACAACAUGUACUAUCAGUACGCCCUUUGUGGGAAUAUUGACGAGUCGGACCAGGCAUUCAUAGAGCUGCGUUUUUUUGCUUCACUGAUCAAUUCCUGCUUUAAUCCAUGGAUUGUCUUUAUCAUGAGCACCACCCACCAGAGGAUGCUGAUGCGAUGUAUUUCCUGCCGGAAAACGAUCACCAGAACCACCGACCGUCGCACCAACAUGACCACCCUGCGUUCCAACAGCUUCAUGAGUAGCAGCAAGGCUAACUACACCGAAAUCACCUCAAGUAUGUGAAAUGCAACACAGCUUUGAGCUUGGUUUGGUGUUACAUGCUAAAGGAUAUCCUGCCAAUUAGUCAGUAUUGAUAGGUCAUAGAUAUUACACACUGUUGAGAUACCAAGCAGGCGAAAACCCUAGAACAUGCUUACAAAAACCAACACUAAUGCAGGUACAGAUAAAAGUCCAAUUACCUAACAAAACUAUUUAGUCUUUAGAGACUAAAUGGAAUUUGUGUCAAGGUGUUAGUUUUUACAAAGUGAAAGGUUUGUUUGUUUGUUUGUUUGUUUGUUUGUUUUUGUUCUGACGAUUAAUAUGUACCACUGUGUAUCUGUAUGAUAAUGCCAUUCAGUAAUCUCGCAGUGCAUACAGUAUUUGCCUGAAAAAAAAUUGGUGCAUGUAAAUUGAUGAUUUUGUACGGCAUUUAAAAAGGCAUCCCGAACGUACUGUAUGAGCCUGUUGAUUCCAGUGCAGUUGAAUCACGAAGGACCGAUCACCAACUUUCGAAUUCAUGCAUUGCUGUACUCACAGAAUGAUGCUUGAAAAGAACUGACUCCAAAACAAACGUUAGAUUCAAUCUUCAAAGUCAGCGUGAUUUAGUAGUAAAAUUAGCUGUUUCCAAAAAGUGUUGGAAACUGUGGGCACAUACAGUGGUAUAGGAUAACACUACAUAAUAAACACUUCAUUUCAAGAAUGUUUGUUUACAAUCAAACAAUAGGUUUCCUGUACAGAAAUGUGUUCAAGCAUAAUUGGGUAAUCAACCAAAUUCGGCACAAGGGAUUAUGCACUUAUGCUUGAUCUUACUUUGAAGGCAUGGUGGCAUGGGGUACCUAAUUUCAAGUGAAAAAGAAAGUUAGAUGUUUUUUAAAGUUUUCGUUUUAUGAGCGAACACCUUCGACGGCACCAUUUUGGCAAGUAUUUAGCACCACUGUAAAUGCAUCGGGAAAAGUUGGGAACAGAAGGACGUUUACUGUGGUUUAAAGAUCUGUAGUGCUCGGUUAUAUCUGUGACUGCAGAACUUGAAAAUGGUGUCAAAGGAAGCUGAUCAAGUAUCAUUUUGGAUGCAACAAUAUCUGGAUUAACUUCUUUGGUACGACGAGAUUCAGGCAAUGUUUAGAAAGUUGAAAGACAUGGGAUAAAUUCCAGUGAACUGUGGGGAGAAUUGACUGCGGAGGACCCAUACAGACAUUGUUUGUGUAAUUUGCUACGACCAAAGCAUCUUGAGGAGUAAAGACUGGUCUAUUCGCUUUGAGCGAACGUGAAAGCAAAAGUGAUUUGAACAUCACGAAAUGUCCGAGACUUUGCAAAUUCUGGGUGCAAAAUUUCAUAUAACGUCAUAAAACUGCGUUCUUGCUUGCUUUCAUGCUACGUAAGAACUAGCCUCAUUUAGCUACAAAAACAUUGCUGGUGGGCAAAUUGCAUUGCGAAUAAAAAUAGCCUUUCAACAAUGAUUACUUUUUGCUGACGACUGCAGAUGUUACACGUAAUUUGCCGACUGUAAAAAAAAUUCACAUGCUGUGAAUACCAAAACUUAAACGCUAUAUGGUUUCGGCUGUCUUUUCUCUCAUUUAUUGCGAUCGAUCACACAAAGUCACCUACUUGACAACAGACACGAAACAUCCUGAUCUAUGUCUGGCCAGGUGCAGAGAAUUUAUCACUUCUGGUGAUGCAGUUUGUUUCGUUUUGGGGCGUCGGUACUGUAAAAUAAGUUAUCCAAGGUAUUGCUUGCUUCAGUUAGAUCCAUUUCCGAAGGAGGAAACUCAACGUCUGGUCUCUUUCAUUGUAAAUUGCAUGACCCAAUAGGAAAAGGGAGGGUUUUGUCAACAUAAUCCCGACUGGUGGGCGUCAAGCCUGACGAAAAACAGCCAACAUAGAGUUGAAUAUGAGCUUGAUGGUACAAGAGAACGAGAAAUCAAAUGCGCACUAUUCUAGUCUCCCUAUGAGAUUUGGAAGCUUUGUGGGAAAAUAUCCGGAGGGAUAAGUGCGGCUUAGGAGUAUCAUUUUUCAUGAAUGUUGAAUCCAGAUAUCUGCCACGUGAUACGUCCGCGCGCACCGCGCCUAAUAGGUGUGUGUUAUGUGCAUGGUGUUGAACAUAACUUGUACAGACUCAAGCCACUUCUUAAGCCAUUGCCUGUUUAUCCAAGGCUGAUUUACUGGAUUUUACAGAAAUGCUUUGCAAUAUGCAAUUAGAAUCAUUGAGAAGAAAAAGAGCCAACUCAUGUGUUCAUGUCCUUAUUCAUGUUGAUUGCCUUUCAAAUAUUGAUAGUUGGAACAAGCUGCCGCACCUCGUUGUCUUGUCGAUAACCUAUUUGGUGUGAGUUCCUUGUCUUUGAAUGAUUGUGACAUUGUCUCGGGAGAUUGUGUACGUUACAAAUGAGUGAUAUAAACGCAAGGUUUGCAAAUUUGUUUUGUGCAAGACAAGAAUUUUUUCAACGCAGAAAAAUAUGAAAACUUACACUAGGUCUUGCACAAAUUUCAGGAAUUACAUUUGCAAAAGUCAUUACUUUUACCCUUCUCAUUUUUCCCUGAACGCCGUCAUUCUGUCAAGUCAUAGACGAUACAUGUUUACCUUUAUUGUAUCGUCAUCAGAAUCUUUCAACUGGCGUGUGUCAAACGUCACUGAGACGAUCUACAUUUUGAUCAAUUGAACUGCCAUUUCUCUAUUGUCAGACAUUUUGCCCCUUCUUAACUCGUUCGAUCAUGUUCGAAAUAGACAGGCCUGUUAUUGCAUUUUUCCCUUCUCCAACGUAUAUAAACACGUUGCUUUCAGUGUUGUCCGACAGGUUUUGAGAACAUUAUAAGUUUACACGGGUGACAUUUCAACCCACCACUUCUUGCUUACUAGUGCAGACGUCUGUCUUACCACUCGACUAUCUACUUUGUCGGGAUCAGCUCGUGAUAGAUGAGCUGCAUUAUCGAGCAUGAUAUAAACUACGUUGGACAAUAUCAGAAAUCGCUACAGUUAUGUAUUCAUCAACCAAUAAAAACCAGAUCUCUCCGUAGGACCAUGCCAGUUAACAUUAUGCUGUCUGCACCAAGCUGGUUUCCCGGAAACCUCAGCUCUCUCCUUACAUUUCAUGUGACGUUCUUUUGCAUUUCAAGGUAAUCCUUCAAACAGUACAGUGUUAAUUUGAUAAUAUAGUCUUGCAUUAAAAGGACAAGUGGCUUUUGUGUCGAAGAAAAAAAUCCACUUUGCAAAGCUUUUCGGUACCGGUUUCACGUCAAACCCCAAAUACGUUUGCUGAAUGGUUGGAUAGUUAAAGAUUCGGCGAGAAACAGUGGAUAUUUCCAUUGCGUUCUCAUUGCAAUAACGACGAUUAAUUUUUUGUGUCUUUUGAGUCUCCUGAAGACGGACAGAGUACACUGUUCGAAACGUCGAGUUAUUCCCCGGUUCUU